CCUCACCACAAUAUAUUGAGCGCGCCUCCCCAGCAGAAGCAGAUACUUCGAGAACUUUGACUAGUCUACCAAUUCUCGUAUCUUUGGAAACCGAACGUCGGCUACUCAACUGACUCCUACAUCAACUCACUCCUACAUCAUCUAACUCCUACAUUUAACUCCUAUAUUACCUUACUCCUACAUUACCUGAAUCUUAUAUCACUUAACUCCUUCAUUACCUUGCUCUUACAUCACCCCGCCUUUUUAAAAUGGCUACAACUCCCCCCGAAGGCCACCCGCCCGUGGACUGGACCAAAUGGGAGCCAGCCGGCGACGGCGACGUCCGCUCCCCAUGCCCCAUGAUCAACGCCCUCGCAAACCACCACGUGCUGCCGCACGACGGCAAGCAGAUCACGAAAGAAAUGGCCAUCGCGGCGCUCGUGAAUGCCAUCAAGCUCGACUCCAAAAUCGCCGCCGUCUUCGCGGGCUACGCGGUCACCGCGAACCCGGAUGCUAGCGCGGGCUCGUUCGACCUCGACAUGGUCGACAAGCACGGCAUGAUCGAGCACGAUGUCUCGCUUUCCCGCAGCGACUACGCGCUCGGCGACAACCACACCUUCGACAAGGGCGUGUGGGAGGGCGUCAUGAGCACGUAUGAGGGGAAGGAGCAGACGGAUUUCGCAACGGUGAGCAAGGCGCGGUAUAGGCGGGUGCUGGCGAGCAAGAAGGCGCAUGAAGAGGCGCAGAAGGCGUUUGAGUACGGCAUCAAGGAGUUUGUGCUGAGCUAUGGGGAGUCGGCGCUAUUUCUGGGGAUUUUGGGGGAUCCGAAGGAUGGGAAGAUUCCGGUGGAGUAUUUGAGGGUGCUGUUUGAGCAGGAGAGGCUCCCGUUCAACGAGGGCUGGAGGCCUAAUGAGAAAGUCGUGACGCAGACGGAUAUGAACCACUUGAUCUUCAAGCUCAUCAUGGCGAACGAGCACAAGGCCGCUGAGGCGGCGGAGGUUGGUGUGGGGUCGGUUCAUGCUGUUGCCGCUGCAGUCACGGGUGUCAUGUCGACAUACUGCACGGUAAUGUAGGGAUAUACUAUUACUGGUUGUUCUCCUGGGCGCCUUUAGAGGCCAUAUCUUUACAGAAGAUUAGAAUAGAUGCCAGACAGAGUCACGAACAAGUUUCUAGGAGACUGCACUAUUUCGGUGCGUCUGAGACAUCCUCGAAUGCUUGGAAUAUCUAAUCACAACCCCGCAAAGAACUUUCUAUCGAAAAGCUUCUUUCCAGCGCGAGGGCGAGGAUGGCGAUUGUCCCCUCCUUCCAACCAGACCAUCAGACUGGAUCGUAUGAGGCAGUCCGAAGGUAGAAUUUCCAAAAAAUACCGUCGUAUUCCCG